CUCGUGAUUCCCUUCCCCCCUUCCCCCAAGCUAUAUAAGGAGCAGGCGGCAGAUGGUCGACUCUUAUCAUACCCUUCGCCUCAGCACUUGCGAAGAAGUUUUUCGACAUCUCCUCCUCGUCACGAAACGUCGAGAGAGUAUCGAUCUACAACUGCAAGCGGAUCUCGAAUUUGACCCAGAGGCUCGUAGACGCCUCAAAUAGCGCAACUUUAGAUCUUAGAUCGCACUCGAGCCUUUGAAAGGAAUUUUUCGGUUUCUACCACCGAUCGAAGCUGCAAGAUGUCUGUCGCCAAUGAGGACACCAAGUCCGCCACCAAGGCGCAGUUUAUCUCCGCCUUGGUCGUCGGUGCCGCUGUCGCGGGAGCCCUCGGCCUCGUCCUGCUUGUGCUCUCCAAAAAGUACAAGAGGGUAUACGAGAGUCGAAUGAUGCUUGCCACGGAUGGCAAACGACCUCCCCCUCUUCCCACCGGUUUUGCAUUAGUGAAAGCGAUUAUACAAACACCAGAUGAUUUAAUCAUAGAGCAAAACGGUCUGGAUGCCUACCUCUUCGUCCGAUUCAUCAAGGUGUUCGGAAUUUGGAUGCUGGUUCCUUACUUCCUCUUGACCUGGAUCAUCUUGAUGCCCGUAACUGCUAGCAAGCCGAACGCCGGAAACGUCGACUUGAACAUCUUCUCGAUCGGAAACGUUCCCGAUUCACGACCCAACAAGCGUAUCGCUCACUUGCUCGUCGGACUAAUCUUGAUCGCCUGGACAUGCUUCCUCAUCUACCGCGAAUUCGGUCACCUCAUCAAGGUCCGACAGGCAUGGCUUUCUUCUCACACCCAUCAGAGGCUCGCUAGAACCAGGACUGUCCAGCUGGUCAACGUUCCCGAAGACCUCAUGGCUGGAUCGGCUCUCGUCAAUUUGGCCAGCUCCUUCACCGGCGCAUCGGAGAGGAACCCUCCCAAGGUCUGGUUGGCCAGGAACACCGACGAGCUUCAAGACGUCUUUGACGACCGUAACGACGAGUGCAACAGGCUCGAGGCUGGGGAAGCCAAAUUGCUUUCCAAAAUCACGAAGAACGUCAAGAAGAACAAGACCCCCGAGAAGCCCACCAAGAGCUCUGGAGGUAGCCCCAUGGACACUGAGCGUGCCGAUGCCGAGUCCGUCAUCGAUCGAUAUCUCACUCCAAAGGAAAAGGGCAAGAUCACCUGGAAGCAGGGAUUGUUGGGCUUGAUUGGUCGAAAGAUGGACAGGCAGCAGAGCCCUGCGUUUAUCAGGGAAAAGAACGGCGAGCUCGAAAGGCUCAGAAGCAAGCUCGAUUCAAUGGAACUCGGAAACGUUGCCUGGCUCAGGUUCCACACCCAGAACGAGGCUCAUGUAUUUGCCAGAAACGUCAACAAGGAGAAGAGCAGGAAGAAUAUUCAGACCGGAAUUGAAGUCGUCCCCGAGGAUAUCAUCUGGAACAACACGUCAAUGAACCCCCACGCGCGACAGAUUGGUAAAAUCAUCAGCUGGUCUAUCACUAUCGGGCUCAUCAUCAUCUGGGGAGCUCUGUCGGCUUUCGUCGGAGCUGUUUCAAAUGUGGAUACUUUGUGUACCCAGGCAAGCUGGCUCGCAUGGCUCUGCACUAUUCCUGGAGUCGUACUCGGAAUCAUCAAGGGUGUCUUGCCUGCCAUCCUUUACGCCAUUCUCUUCGCCAUGGUUCCCAUCUUCCUCAGGUUCUGCUUGAAGAAGCAGGGUAUCGUGCGAAACAGCGACCUGGAAUUGAACCUUUUCAGCCGCUACUUCGCCUUCGAAUUGAUCAACGGUUUCCUCGUCGUCACCGUUGCGUCUGGACUGAUGUCUGCUAUCCCCCGAAUCGUUGACAACCCGGGCAUGGUCACCACUCUCCUUGCUACGGAAUUGCCCGGCGCCAGUAUCUUCUUCUUGACUUUGCUUUUGACCCGCAACCUUUCCGGAGCUGGAAAGACGUACAGUCGAGUCGUUGCAUUCGUCAUGCAGCUCUUGAAGCCUAUCUUGGGAGGAAAGACUCCCCGUAAAUUCUGGCUUUCCGAGCAUAAGAUGGACUCGAUGAAGUUCGGCGUCGUCUGGCCCCCUAUCGCUUUGAUCGUGGUCAUCGUCAUCGUCUACUCGAUCAUCCAGCCCGUCAUCACCGGUGUCGGUUUGCUCGUCAUGGCUUUGCUGUGGUUUGCUUACAAAUACGUCCUCGGCUGGUGCGCUGACCAGCCUGACGAGCUCGAAACCGGCGGACUUUACUACCCCCGGGCCCUCAACACCAUCUUCACCGGGCUUUACCUCGAGGAGAUCUGCCUCGCUGGAUUGUUCUUCUUGAGCACUGGCCCUGAUGGUAGCUCUCGAUCUAAGGCUGGUCUUGCUGGAGGUGUCCUUUUCGUUGUUGCCGGAAUCUGCACCAUCGCCUUCCACAUCUUCUGCAAGCGUCGGUUCCCUAUGGAGUCGAUCCUUUACACUUCAUCUUCCUUGAUCGGCGGCACGGCCUCGACGACCAAGCUCGCAUUGGCUCCCACAGCCGAGGAGCGAGAGGACGGCGAUGCUGGCCCCGAGUAUGGCCAGACCACUGGCUGGCAUGAAAACGCCUUCGACCACCCCGCUACGUGGAAGCCCCAGCCUAUCAUCUGGUUGGCCAAGGAUCAGUUUGGUGUUUCAGAUGCCGAGGUCGCCAGGAUCAACGGUGAAGAGGUCGAAGCUAGCAACGUCUACGCCGAAUUGGACACGGACGCUAAGCUCCAUGUUGAGCGUAGCGCUCCUGAUGAGGAACAUCAGCACCUGAUUUGAUCGGAGGUUGCUGGAGGUCUUUUUUACGAUUCAACUUUUCGCUCGUCCUGCUCAGACACGCAUGCAGGUUUACUUCUUCUCAAUCAAAUCGCGCUUAUAAUACCUUGUGGCUACAAGCAGUCCCCGCCGAUGAUGAUCGUUUUAACAUUUUAAUACUUGUUGCCUACCUGAUCGUGCCGUACUUGCCGCUCAAGACGUACCUUCUCAGCACUGAGGUCUGAAAACAUCAGGGCUGAGAAGGAGAGAUCCAGGACUUCCAGGAACGGUUGGAUGAAAAGAUCCGGAGCCGGCAAACAGCCUCCACGAAGUCCUAGAUACACAGCUGCAGGAUACAUUGUUGAGCCAUGAACGUCCCAAGGGCAGAUUCCGCCGCAUGCCCGAUAGCUUUAAUGGCUUUUGUAUUGUCACUGUGUGGUUCAGCUGGGUACAGAUUGAGGUGACAUAGGUCAUGAGUGGAUUUACCAUCAUAUCAAUUAGCUCGAUUCAGA